GAAACCCAAAUAUGUGAUACCGCUUAGUGGAACCCCUGCUUUGUCAAGACCAAUUGAGCUUUUUAAACAGCUGGAGGCACUAUAUCCUGAUGUUUACAAGAAUGUUCACGAGUAUGGUAACCGUUAUUGCAAGGGUGGCACUUUUGGAAUUUAUCAAGGGGCCAAUAAUCAUGAAGAGCUGCACAACUUGAUGAAAGCAACUGUUAUGAUUCGCAGACUAAAAAAGGAUGUUCUCCCGCAGCUUCCAGUAAAGCGCAGGCAACAGGUUUUCUUAAACGUGGAAGAAAAGGAGAUGAAGUGUAUCAAUGCUUUAUUCUGUGAGUUGGAAAUUGUCAAAGAAAAAAUUAAAUCAAGCCAAUCCAAGGAUGAUCGUGAG